AUGCCUGAUCUCUUUGACAAUUUUUUCGGCAAAAUGUCUGCCAAAAUGAACGGCGGCAAGACCAAGCCGUUCUAUGGAGGCUCGUCGCAGGUGAACACUGGACGCUUUUACAGCUACCACAUGAACGGAACCAACAACAAAUCGUGGAUGACUGACGCUGAGAUGGAAGAGUCGCGUCGUAAUGCUCAGAUGCAGAGCAUGAAGCCAAGAAUGGGUUCCGUGGGGUCAAUGGACUCGAUGGAGUCUGAGGGCGACAAGUCUCGUAAGAAUAGCGUGACAUAA